AGAGAGAGAAAGUCGCCAUUACUGCCUGGCUGUGCUGCUGAGAGGGGAGGGAGCAUACAGAGCCAGGUUUCGGCUUUCAACGCAUACCACACUAACAGCACCAAAAUACACUAAAAUACGGGCUGACCGGGCUUGUAGGACUACAGUGGACUACACCUUCAACUAAAACUGACUUCGGAUUUUGGGGAAGUCGCCAGUGACCACGGAUUGUGGAUUGUGAAAAGAGUUUUGAUUGCCUUUUAAUGUGGGAAUGCUUUCUCCUCUUCUCCGUGGUAUGUGGAUCUGGGAGCGACCAUGUUAUUAGGCAGGUGAUAAAAGGAGCCGUGGGCUGCUCUAUCCCAGCUUGAAUAAGAUCCAGGAUAGAAACCGAGAUAUAUACGGAGAAGAGCAUUCACUGGAACCAGGGAAAAUGAAAAUGAAUGCAUCUCUGUAUCACUGACAAGCAGACCUGGGAUGAUAUCAUGACCUUUUCUUCCUGAGAGUAACUAGUUUAGCAAUGAGUGGGGGGAUAUAAUGGCCAAGAACAAGGAUGCACGCCCCCCAACAUUCGCCGUCAGCGUGGUUGGCCUCUCGGGGACGGAGAAAGAGAAGGGAAAUUGUGGCGUGGGGAAGUCCUGCCUAUGCAACCGAUAUGUGCGUCCAGAUGCAGACAACUACUACUCGGAGCACACCUCAGUGCUCAGCACGAUAGACUUUGGUGGUCGUGUAGUUAACAACGACCACUUCUUGUACUGGGGAGAGGUGUCGCAUCGAGGGGAUGAGGGAUUGGACUAUAAAAUCCAAAUCAUUGAACAAACGGAGUUCAUCGAUGACCAGACGUUUCUUCCGCAUCGGAGUACGAACUUGCAGCCAUACACAAAGCGGGCAGCAGCAACCAAGCUCCAGUCAGCAGAGAAGCUUAUGUACAUCUGCACAGACCAGCUGGGCUUGGAGCAGGACUUUGAUCAGAAGCAAAUGCCUGAUGGGAAGCUAAACAUCGAUGCCUUUUUGUUGUGCAUUGAUGUUAGUAAGGGUUGCAACAGGAAGUUUGAUGACCAAAUGAAAUUUGUCAAUAGCCUUUACUCUCAAAUUGUCAAGUCAAAGAAGCCUAUUGUUGUUGCUGCCACGAAAUGUGAUGAGUGUGUAGACCAGUACCUGAGGGACCUGCAGGGCUUUGUUGCCAGUAAGAAGAACCUGAUGCUAAUUGAAACGUCAGCACGCUCCAAUGUCAACAUAGAGCUUUGCUUCAACGCCCUAAUCCAGCAGCUGGAUAAAACAAGAGGGAAGCCAAAAACUGUGCCAUACCUGGAGGCCUAUAAAAUCCAACGUCAGCUUGUUGCCUCAGCAACAGAUAGAUUUGAGAAAUUGAUGGUACACUCAGUUAGAGAUUAUCACAUCACUUGGAAAACUGUGAUGAAUAAUCUAAAGGGGCAGUCUGACUAUCAUGAGUUCAUUACCUUGGAGGGCACCAAGAAGGCCCGCAACAUGUUCACAAAGCACAUUGCACAACUGAAACAGGAGCACAUUAAGAGGAGAAGGGAGGAGUAUCUGACGACGCUACCGAAAACCCUUAACAACAUCCUCAAUAACCUGGACGAGAUUGAACACCUUUCAUGGCCCGAGGCACAGAGUGUGAUCCGGAACAGGUCUGAUUUCCAGUACUGGUUUGUGAUACUGGAAAAUACACCGUGGGACGAGACGGACCAUAUUGAUAACAGUGACCGUAGGAUACCCUUUGACCUUCUUGAUACACCGGACGGUGAGAGAAUUUACCAUAAUCACGUCCAGCACCUUCUGUCUGAGAAGAGGAGGGGGGAAAUGAAAGAGAGGUUCAAGAAGACAUUGGAGAGGGUUCAUUUUAUCACUCCAGGGCAGCCUUGGGAGGAAGUCAUGUGCUUUGUCAUGGAGGAUGAGGCCUACAAGUACAUCACGGAAUCAGAUAGGAGGGAUGUUUACUGUAGGCACCAGCAGGAAAUAGUUGAAAGGGCUAAAGAGGAUUUUCAGGAAAUGCUUUUCGAGCACGCCGAGUUAUUCUAUGACUUGGACCUGAAUGCAACCCCCAGCUGUGACAAGAUGAGUGAAAUUCACAGUGUGCUGAAUGAGGAGCCCAGAUACAGAGCACUGCAGAAACUUGCCCCAGAUAGAGAGUCGCUCCUCCUCAAACACAUUGGGUUUGUUUAUCAUCCCACUAAGGAGACAUGCCUGAGCGGGCAGAACUGUGUGGAUCUGAAAGUGGAGCAAGUUUUAGCAAACAGGCUGGUACAGCUCGACCACGGACGCUCUAAUCUUUACUAUAACAGUGCCAACAUCGAUAAAAUAAACCUCUGCCUCCUGGGAAAGGAGGGUCUCUCACAGGACCUAGCCAAUGAGAUCCGAGCACAGUCUACAGACGAUGAGUACACUCUAGAUGGUAAAAUCUAUGAACUGGAGCUUCUUCCUGUGGACGUCAACUCCACUUUGCUCUUCAGCCACACAUGGGUCACCACUUUUAAGCCACACGGCUGCUUUUGUGUGUUCAACUCAAUAGAGUCGCUUAACUCUAUUGGCGAUUGCAUAGGCAGGAUAAGGGCGGAGAUAGCACAGAGUCGGCGAGAUAGAUUUGCUCAGCCGCUCCCUUUUAUUCUCAUCCUGGCAAAUCAGAGAGACAGUGUUUGUAAAAACAUACCCAUCUUGAGGCACCAGGGUCAGCAGCUGGCAAACAAAUUGCAGUGCACCUUUGUCGACAUCCCCUCCGGAGCCUUUCCUCGCAAAUUUACUGAGUUCCAAAUUAAGCAGGGUCUCAGAGCAGUGCUGGAGGGGCUAAAGCAUAGCUUUGAGGUCUUGGCCCCACUGCCAUGUAUCAAAGACAUGUCAGAGAUGGACCUUAGAAUAGUCAUGUGCGCCAUGUGCUGGGAUCCCUUCAGCGUUGACCUCAUCCUCUCGCCGUUUCUAGACUCGCAUUGCUGUAGCGCUGGACAGCCUGGUCAGAGCAACACACUGAUACUGGAUAAGAUCAUAGGGGACAGCAGGAGGAGGAUCCAGGUCACCGUCCUCUCCUACCACUCUGCCAUUGGUGUUCGUAAAGAUGAACUAGUGCAUGGCUACAUUUUGGUCUACUCUGCCAAACGCAAAGCUUCCAUGGCGACCCUGCGAGCCUUCCUGGCAGAAGUCCAGGAUGUAAUCCCCGUGCAGAUGGUGGCAAUCACAGACAGCCAGGCGGAUUUCUUUGAGAAUGAUGCCAUCAAGGAGUUGAUGACCGAGGGGGAGCACAUUGCCACAGAGAUUGCUGCCAAGUUUACGGCCCUCUACUCGCUGUCCCAGUAUCAUCGACAGACUGAGGUUUUCACCCCUUUUUUCAAUGAAGUGCUAGAGAAGAAGCCUAACAUUGAGAGCUGCUUCCUGUUUGACAGCUCGUCACGUGAGUGCACCACAGGAGCCAGUGAGGAUGUCUUCCCCACCUCUCCCCAUAGCCACUCCCCAGCUUACAACACUUACUACCCAGAGUCCGACGACGACAAUGAGGCCCCUCCACCUUAUAGUCCAAUAGGCGAUGAUGUUCAGCUUCUCCCCACACCCAGUGAGCGGGCUAAAUACAGGAUCGACCUCGAGGGCAAUGAGUACCCAGUCCAUAGCACACCUGUCGGAGACCAUGAACGCAACCACAAAGUGCCUCCACCCGUCCGGCCCAAACCAGUGCUCCCCAGGCCUAAUGUUAAAAAGCUGGACCCCAACCUGCUCAAAACCAUUGAGGCUGGUAUGCGAAGUAAUCGAAGAAUGCCACGUGCCCCAGUGAUGCACACUGAAGAUGUGGAGCCAUCAGACAACUAUGCAGACCCUGUGGACACCCUGCUCAGACCCAGGGGCUUCCACAAUGACGACAUAUAUGCUGUGCCUGAAGAUGCACACAACCGCCUGAUCAAAAUAAAGAACUCUUUUGGUGGGUUACACAUUCUCCACGGAGGAGGAGAGGAAGAGAAUGGGUUUGAUCGGAAAUCCCAGGCUGCAAGGCGGCCAUCAAAAUAUAAAGAUCGCUCAAAAAUCCUUUUCAGCAAGACGAAAGCCUACCAAAGACGAUUCCACUCGGACAGUGAUGGAGAGGAGACUGGCCCGGCCACUCAGAAAAAGAAAAACAGAAGAGCCCAUCGGGGCAGCGAGGAGGACCCGCUGCUCUCUCCCGUCGACCCUUGGAAGGGUGGGAUUGAUAAUCCUGCAAUCACCUCCGACCCAGAGCAGGAGGACAAGAAGCUGAAAAAGAAGAAGACGCCCAAGACGCCAAAAGAAUCCAAGAAGCCAAAAUCCUCCAAGCCCCCCAAACCGCUGUACCCACCCACUCGAAGAACCUGGGAGAGCAACUACUUUGGCGUUCCCUUGCAGAACCUAGUAACCCCGGAUCGCCCCAUCCCACUUUUCAUCGAGAAAUGUGUCGACUACAUAGAGCGCACAGGUCUGACGACAGAGGGCCUGUAUCGCGUCAGUGGGAACAAGACAGACCAGGACAACAUUCAGAAACAGUUUGAUCAAGAUCACAGUAUUGACUUUGUGGCGAUGGAUGUGGCGGUGAAUGCCGUUGCUGGAGCGCUGAAGGCUUUCUUUGCUGACCUGCCCGAUCCGCUGAUCCCCUACAGCCUGCACCCAGAGCUGGUGGAGGCCGCAAAAAUCAUGGACUACAUGGAGCGUCUGCAGGCACUGCGGGAGAUUGUGAAGAAGUUUCCUCCCGUCAACUACCAGGUCUUCAAAUACAUCAUCACACACCUCAACAGAGUGAGCCAGCAUAGCAAAACAACCCUGAUGACAGCCGACAAUCUGUCCAUCUGCUUCUGGCCCACGCUCAUGCGGCCCGACUUCGAGAACAAGGACACGCUGUCGACCACCAAGCUGAACCAGGCCGUCAUCGAGUCCUUCAUUGUACAGAGCGACUACUUCUUCCACGGCGGCGAGGUGGCCGAGAGCUCCAGCAGCGAAGGGACACCGCCCCCGCACUGCCACAACAUGGUGGAGGCCCUGCUGCCGCUGCAGCUGCCGCCCCCCCUGCAGCCACAGCAGAUCCAGCACACCUUGCCCCCUGACCCGCUCAUAUAAGAGCCAGAGGAGCAUGCUGGGAAGUGAAGUGGAGGGUGGUUGUUUGCCCGCGCUGCCAGCCGCUUACGGCCGACAAUUGCAGGCCAUCCUCUGCUCUACAAAUAGCUGGCGGGCUCAUAAAAAUGGAAAAUAAAACAACCUGGUUGCUGAUUUUCGGGGGAUUCAUCAGCUGCUGUUUGUCAUCGACUUGGAGGUGAAUGAGCUUUGGGGGUUUAGAGGCGCAUCGACCAUUUGUUGGAUCAAACCUAAUCUGUGAGACCUGCUCAUCCUGUGAGGAAAAUCCUGGAUUAGAGAAUUACAAUCGCACGUCACCUUUUAGAACUAAUUUUUGUAUCUGACUGCCCCCCCUUCAUGAUACCGAAGCUGAAAACCGCGAAUGAACCGCUUUGAUUUGGCACAUAGUGACAACACUAAUCGUUCCACAGGGUCAGACACAGACUCUUGGGAUCCCAGGACACACUCCUACCUUUAACCCAGACGGAAUAGCACAUUGGGGGCCAGAAGUCCCUAUUAAGCACCGCCCUCCUCAUCCCCGCUCCGAGAUAAGAGAAAAGGGAAGUUGAAUCCCUGCGACUGCAACUCAAAUGUGAAAUUAUCUGAUACGGACUGAUUGGCGGACUCAUUAGCUGACUUGACCGGCUACCUGACUAACACACAUGCUGACUGUGAGGAUUUCAGUCUUCCUGCAGGUUUCAGCACAGGAAAACAUUUCUUCUUCUUUUGUUUGACCUUUGUUCAUAAGAAGGAAGGAGGGAUCAACAAGACACUAAAGGUCAAACACACUCAUGGGCGCGAGAUGAAGUCAAAGCCUUGUAGAAGAGCUUUUCAGUUUCGGUGAGGUGGGAGAUGGGUGCGCUCUCACUUUUAAAUCCUAAAUGACAAAAAAAAGAAAG